CGGCCGAGCUCGCCCCACCCGCGCCGCGCCCGGCUUCCGACUUCCCGGCUGCGAAGCUGUGCGGCCUCGCGCUCCGCCCGCCCGGCCCGCAGACGCGCCAUGGGCCCCGAGCGCUGCCUGGCUCUGGGCGGCCUCCUCGCCCUGGCCGGGCUGCUGGAGGGCCGGCUGGUGCGCCAGGAGGAGGCCGGCUUCGGCGAAUGCGACCGCUUCUUCUACGCAGGGACCCCGCCUGCGGGACCGGCGGCCGCUGCCCACGUGAGGAUCUGUCAGCGUUCCGAGGGCGCCGAGCGCUUCGCCACCCUGUACAGCACCCAGCACCGCAUCCCGGUGUACUCGGCGUUCCGCGCCGCGCGCCCAGCGCCCCUGGGCGCGGAGCCGCGCGGGCUGGUGGAGCCGCAGAUUGAUGACCCCAACAGCAGCCUGGAGGAGGUGACGGAUGAGGCUGAGGCCAUCAGGUCUGUGAACAAGCUAGGAAGCAACCAAGCCUUGAAUGAAGAUUUCCUGGGUUCUGAUUACCGGACCGGGCAGCUCUACCCGUUCUCCCUCAGCAGUGAUCCCCACUCGGCCACCUUCACUCUCACAAAUGCGGCUCCGAUGACCCCAUCCUUCCAGGAAAGGUGGUACAUGAAUCUCAACAGCCUGAUGGAGCGAGCUCUGACCCCGCAGUGUGGCAGCGGGGACGAGCUCUACAUCAUCACAGGCGCUGUGCCCUCGGACCUCAGGGUCAGAGACAGAGUGAGCAUCCCGGAGUUUGUCUGGCUGGCGGCCUGCUGCGCGGUCCCUGGGGGAGGCUGGGCCAUGGGCUUUGUCAAGCACACCCGCAACCGGGAGGUCAUCGAGGAUGUGAUGCUGAGGGACCUGGAGAAGCUGCUUCCGUUCCACCUUCAGCUGUUCCAGAACAACUGUGGGGAAAGUGACCAAGACACAGAGAAGAUGAAAAAAAUCCUGGAGGUGGUUAACCAAGUCCAGGACGAGGAGCGGAGGCUGGACUCUGAGGGGGGCUCCGAGAUGCUCUCCAGCGCAAGGGGAACCAGGUCUGCCCUGCCACCUCCGGAGACAUCUGGGGAAGGGAGUAGCCUUCUGGGAGGACUCCUGGGCUUUGUCGCUACCCCGUUCAUUAAGCUUUGCCAGUUAAUUUAUUACCUUGCCUUCGGGAUCCUGAAGUACACUGUGUAUUUCCUCUGGUAUGUUACGAAGCAGGUGAUUAACGGUCUAGAAAGUUGCCUUUAUCGCCUGGGGUCAGCCACCAUCACCUACUUCUUGACCAUCGGGGAGGAGCUGGGCAGCAUUCCCUGGAAGGUCCUCAAAGUCACGGUCAGGAUCACCAGGGCCGUGCUCCGGAUCCUUUGUUGCCUGCUGAAGGUGGUCUGCCGCAUUGUGGGUGUCCCUGUCCGGGUGCUUGUGGACGUGGCCACGUUCCCCGUGUACACCAUAGGCGCAGUUCCGAUCGUCUGCAGGGACAUUGCCAUGGGCCUUGGUGGCAUCCUCUCUCUGCUCUUUGACACAGCUUUUGGCACCAUGGGUGGUCUAUUUCAGGUCAUCUUUACUGUCUGCAAGCGGGUUGGCUAUAAGAUUACUUUUGACAAUCCUGGGGAGUUAUAGAAAAAAAAAUAAUGAGAGCCCAGUCCCAGUGAAUUUGAUUUUUUUUUAAUAGAGAAAGCUGGAAUAUUUUGUCUGUACUAUGGGUUUCUGUUCACUGUCAAUUAUAUUUUGGCCUUUGGUGGGGGUGUCUGCCUGUUCCAACCUAACCCAAGGACAUGUUCAGGGUGGGAUUAUGUGUAGGUUUCCUGCUGGGAUGUGGGUGAACUUCCAAGCCGUCCCCUUCAGUGAUUCACUCUGAUACAGGAGACCUUGUGAGAGAUGCUGGUGUUCAUUUGUGAUCAGUAAAAAUUACAGAAGAAGGAGAAUCUGGAAGAGGACCACUUUAAACCAAACUGUCUGAGAAAAGUAGAAAGGAAUUUAUUCCUGCUAUUACUCUCGGAGACUCAAGACAAAACUGAUAUAAGUAUUCCUGGCCAAUUUGUUAUCAUUUUGCUUCUCUUUCUCCCCAGCUCAGCUGACUUGGUGAGGUGCAGACACUUCCUUGUUGAAAUAGCUCUCUUAGGAUAUAGAAUCUGUUACAUCCCUUAGCUUUCCAUGACUCCCGAGAAUCUGUAAGGUGGUUUUGUUUCUCCAACGUUGAAUUUUGCUGCAUUUUUCCUUUGAGUUAAUGGUAAGCAUUAUAUGCAAAUAUGGCAUAACAAAUUCUGAAUGCAAGGACUAAGAUUGUUUGCCCCUUGAAUGCUACCCAGGUAUUAAAAAGGGAGUGCAAAGAUCGGACCUCUGCUCUGAAUAGGUGCCAUAGGUCUGAGGAUAUCCUUAGCCAAGCUUGGAUUAACUUGACAUAUAUUAAAUCUCUGGCUGAGAAAAUGGAGCUCAAAGACCUACAUGUUAAGCUAAUAUGAAAAUUCAUAUCCUGAAAAAUACUAGAUCAGUCUUUCUUAAACUUCCAGCAAGUACCCAAUAGAGUAAAAUGCUCUGAUUCUGUCCUUAAAUGGUGGUUUUAGUAUAAAAGUAUAAAAAAAUAGUCAGAAAAUUAUAACUCUUCUGGCCAUCUUGGCAAAAAAAAAAUCAUAGACACAUAUAUCUAAGUUUAUAUGUAUAUAAUCUUGAUUCCGAAUCAUUAUCUCAGGAAAUUAUUUUUAUAGUGUGUUUGAUGCUAGAAAACAUAACUGUCCAAUUAAAGCAAGUUAUUUAUGAGAGCUAAUCUCCAAUGUUUUGAUCAAGCACUUGUCAUUUUAAUUCUUGCACUGAAAAACGAUAACAGGAGGAAGCCAAAGCUCUCAAACUUUGCUCUGCCUUCCAGAGCUGAGAGGGAAUCACCUGGAUUUUUCUGAGUGUUCUAGAGAGUUCCUGUGAGGUAGAAUAGGACCCAGUGUAAACUACUGAUUUGGGGGUGCAGGCCACCGUGCAUCUGAAAGUUCAGUGCAGAGAUCUGGGUCCAGAAAGGCAAUGAGGGGAGAAGGAUGGGCAAACUGUCAGCAUCAAGUUGAUGCCCAAGAAAUGUGAGUGUGAUGAGAGUUACUUUUUUGCAGAAAAAUAAUGGAAUUGGACCCGAAGUAACAGGGCAGCCAGCAAGCUGCCAUCCUGAUCAGUUUGUUACAUGAGGUAGGUAGUGGGACACCAGGCCUUGAACCUGUCAUAGGAAGUAAUAUACUAGAUUAUCUAAGACUCUUAAGCAGUAUUUUACCAACACUUCUGUUGGUGAUUGUAAAAAUCUGUAGUCAGGCUUUCCUUCAUUUCAGUAGUAUGAGGAGCCAUGGAGGAGAAGAUUUUGCCUUGGUACUGAUGGGUCAGGUAGAAUCCUGCCAGAUGAAAGAAAGGGAAUUUCAGAGGGGACCAGAGAGAUGGUCUGACCAGAGACAAGCUCGGCCUGACCAAAGCCGCCUCUGAUGAGGAAGCUGAUGCCUGAUGCUAACUGAUGGUAGACCAGGAGCCAAGGUCUUCGGCUUGGGUCCUAUCCAAGGUGACAUCCCACACCUUGGAUGUCAGAUCUGUGUCUCCCUCGUCUAGGGCGGGGUUUUCUCCAUCAUCCAUCGGAUAAACUGGACUCUGAUGAAUUAAAUGGGUUUGGCCCAUGUGAUAAAGCAACUAGCUGUCCAUGUGCACCAGUAGGGUUGCUGCCUCCUGUGGAAUUAAUGUCCCCUCAGAGUACCUAUCUGCAUACCGAAAGGCCCAUGGGGGCCAUCCAUGGCAGCUGGAGCCCCUUGGCACCAUGCAAGGAGCAGGGCAUCUGAACUUUUCUAGAGAACCAUUCGAAAAUGUCUUCCUUUUCAGUUCCAGUUGUUUUGCGUCUUAUUUAUUUAUUAUGGUGUGGCCUUUUUUGAAAUCUGGAAAGGGAUAAUAAAGGGAAAACUAAUCCCCAAGGUUGGGUGGCUGAGAGCCUCCACUCCGGACUGUGGGUCUUUGUGCCUGUGGCUCGCCAGCCCCAGCAGGUGGCCAGACCGCUGGCCCCCCAGUGAGCCACUUUGGCCUUUGGGGUGGGAUUUUGAAUUGACGAGCCCCAUUUCUGGCUGGAAGAUUUUUCUGUGGCUCUGCUAUGUUCUCAGGCCCUUGGAGAGGUCAGCCAGCUCUUCAUCAUUGCCGAGCUGACUUUCUAGUCUGGAUCAGCCACGCCUUCGGACACUCCUCUGUUCCACUGUGCCUUUUGAGUGUUCGCUUCUCACUCAGCAUCAGCACUUGCCCCUAAAUGCAGAUGAAGGGAUCUGGAGAAGGAGCUAGAGUGAAACACUGGUCAUUCAUCCAUCCAAUGUCCAUUUGAACAUCUAAGUUGCAGAGAUCAACAAUACGUGCAUCCCAUCCUUGAGGAGUUCAGAUAUCUAGUGGGGAGGACGUGGUGAGCUGAUCCAUGUACCACAUUGUGGUAAGCCUGCAAUGGUACUAGCAUCCCUGGAGCACAGCAGGAAAACCCACAAAACAUGGACGUUGGGGAAGCCUUUAUAAAGGGCGUGAUGAGUCAAUUUGACAUUUUCAAGCUAUGUACAAUGCUGUGCACCUUGCAAUGCUCAAUAAAAUAAUUGUUGACAACUCA